UAUAUAUAGGGUUGGCAAGCACAGUGCAACAAUUCAGAUACUCCACAAUUUCCUUCCAAAUCCGCCAUGAAAUCGGCGUUUCCAUUCCCGCUUUCCGCCAUUAUCUCCGGCCAUCUCCUCCGCGGCGCCGCCGCAACUCCUCUCAUCUCCGCCGCAUGCGGAGUCGUGUUCCUCGCCGUCGCCGCUUUCACCGCUCCCGAUGAUCGUCGGCCGCCGGUUUCUAAUAGGAACGAUACCCUAAUUGAAUUUCACCGGCCGGAAUUAAUUCCCCUCCCCGGCGGCGCCGUCGGUCCGGAGAGCUUCGCCUUCGACGCCGCCGGCGGUGGACCCUACACCGGAGUCUCCGACGGCCGGAUUCUCCGGUGGCUCUCCAACGAAAGCCGCUGGUCCGAUUUCGCAGUCACCUCCCCACACAGGGAGGGAUGUGUAGGGCCAUACGACCACUCCCGAUGGGAGCAUAAGUGUGGCAGACCAUUGGGCCUAAAGUUCGACCCAAAUACGGGUAACAUGUACAUUGCCGAUGCAUAUAUGGGCCUUCUAGUAGUAGGCCCAAAUGGUGGGCAGGCCCAAAAAGUGGCCCAUGAAGAGGGCGGAGUUCCUUUUGGGCUUACGAAUUCUUUGGACAUCGAUCAUGACAAUGGAGUCGUGUAUUUUACCGACAGCAGCUCAAGGUUUCCGAGGAGGAAUUUUGUUUCCGUAAUUAUAAGCGGAGACAAUUCCGGAAGACUCAUGAAGUUUGAUAUCAGAACCAAGAAAACGACUCUUCUUCUAGAUAAUCUUAAGUUUCCAAAUGGCAUCUCAUUGAGCAAGAAUCGCGACUUCCUCCUAUUCGUCGAGACAACAACUUGCAAAUUAUACAAGUUGUGGCUCAAAUCACACAAGAAAGGAAAUGUCGAAUUGAUGUCAGAAUUCCACGGAUUUCCAGACAACAUAAAAAGAAACGAAAAUGGUGAGUUUUGGGUCGGAAUAAAUUCAAGAAGAGGGGUAUUUUUGAAAUGGUUCAUUUCAAAUACGUGGAUCGGGAACACUUUGGUUAGGACAUUCCCGGUUGAUGUUACUAAGGUACAUUCGUAUUUGGCAUAUUUUAUUAGCGCCGGAGGAAUGGGAUUCAAGUUGGACAAAGAUGGGAAUAUAGUUAAAGUGUUGGACUCGAGCACAGGAAAAAGAUGGAAGUUCGUGAGCGAAGUCGAUGAACAACAUGGGAAUUUAUGGGUAGGAUCUGUAGUAAGACAUUUUCUUGUUAAAGAUAAAAUUUCGACGUAAUAAAAUUAUUAGAUAUUUUAACUUUCA